CGGGACGCCUGCUGAAGACAGCGGUGUUUUUCCUGCAACCUGGAUUGCCGUGAGAGUGGAGGAUGCGCCAUGAGGGUGGAGCUCCAUCCGCGUCAAAGCGCUGCGGCUGUCGGUGCGCACAGAUGCUGCAGCGGCGGACAGAUGCAGACGAGUCGACACCGAGGUGGCAACGCAGAAACACACCCUCUCUCACGCUCUGCAAGCUGCGUAGCGUACCACCUGGUCUUCCUGCCUGCAGGUGUUUCGACGCCACCCAGCCAUUUGCCUCUUCCCACCACCCUCCUAGCGGCCCAUGGCUGCCCCACCCCCGACGGCAGCGCUCAUCCAAGAUGGCGUCAUGCUUGCUCCUCACCACCCUCGUGCUACUGUUACUUGUCUGCCGGGCCUCAGCGGCUCCCCCGGAGGCUCCCUAUUCGCUUAAGCGAGAGCCCCUUAUGGCCGAGCCAAUGCUGCCCUCCGUGCCGCCCGAAGACCACUUGGUGGACGACCUGACUCAGCAGGAGGGCACGGAUACGAUGACAGUGCCCCCUGCCCUUGACGAUAGCCCUGAGCGUCACGUGGGGGAUGGUGUGGAAAGUUUGGCGAUCGACACAGGCGUUGGCACGAAUUCCAACCGGCACUCGUGGACCGGUAUGACUGUGGCAGACCCCACCUCUGACGACCCCUUCCCUGCUGAGCAACAUGCCGAUGACGACGUUGCUGCCAACCACCGGGCUGAGGAGGGGCAGCACCAGGAGGCCGCCCCCGAGCUGCCCGCUGGUGGUGUCUCGGGUUCGUAUGCGUUGGAUGAUUCGCAGAUGGAGGAGACGCUGACCGCCCUGGAAGUGAUAGAAGAGGAGGCCAAAAGAGUGAGGGACGAGGUGGAAAAUCUGGCGCCGCGAAGGCGGGCCUGGAUAGCUACCGGCGUGGUAAGGCACACAGACAGACAGACAGACAGACAGCUGUCAAGCAAGCAACCAACGACACACACGACCUCUUAUGUAUGUGGCUCAGAUUGUACGUUCUGUGUUGUACUGCUGUGAAAUGUUGCAGGUGGUGGGUCUGGCGUUCCUGCUCAUCAUCGGCGGUGGGUGCGUCUUCACCGUGUUUUAUCUGCAGCGGCUGAAGCGCAGCAGCCACUGGUUCCACGCCACGCAGCUGUCUGGCAAUGGUGGGGGCGGCAUUCUGUCAUCUGGCAGCGGCAAUUUGGCCCUUGAGGAUGCCAGGGAUCGCGGCGAGUCGCUGCGGGCAGUGGUGCAAAACGACGGGCAGAUCGACCCAUUCAACUGCCACACGUACACGACCCGCAGAGGCUGGCCACCCAACCCAGUCUGACUGAUGUCUGAUCUGAUGGAGGGUGGGUGUAUCAGGCAGACAGACAGAGAGACACAAACAGGCAGACAGACAGACAGGUAAGUACUUUUUCGCCCUGAGUAAUCGAUUGUGUUUGGCCAAGGAAGGGCUCUCCCGCAUACAUACGUGGCUGUGAAAGUGCGCCUCUAUCGUAUCACUGAUGCCUUUUUGUGUAUUGGGUUGCACGGCAGGCAGGCGAGAGAUAGAUCGAUCGAUGGAUGGAUGGAUGGAUGGAUGGCACCGGUCAGGCAGAAGACGCGAUCGCGACGAAGUGAUCUGUUUUGCCUAGGGGUGAGAUGGGGCGGGGCGGGCACCCUCUGCUUGAGGUCAGUUUAUCAUCUCUCUGUUCAUCUGUUGUAUUCUAACGUCGAGUGCAAUGUGGUAUCCCUCUGUCAAAGAAUGCAUGUAUGUGGGUAUAUCUUGCCUCCGGCUUUUUUUGGCUGUGUGUCGAGAUCGCUGUGUCCUUUCUUACGUACGCGGCCUCUGCGUGCGGAGUGUCAAAUGGCGCCCCACAUGUGGCCGCUGUAAGCAUUGGCAGAUGAACAACUUGCCGACUCAAUCCUGUGCAUGUCUGUCUGUCUGUCUAUAGCAAAGAGAGGAGGGAGGGAGGGAGGGAGGGAGACGGGAUGACAUAGCUACUUACCUAUCUCUCCGACUACUUGCUGUCCCUGGUGUGUAGGUUGACUGCUACGUACGUGUAUACAUGCGUACAUCCGUACACACAUACAUACGUACACAUACAUACAGACAGACAUGCUGGGUGGACGGCUGCCUGAUUCUGUCUGUGAAUGCAUUGACUGUGUAUGUGUAAGUGCCUUUGAAGCCCGUGCAGUCGCGGACAUGUCAGCGCGUAUGCGUCUCGCCUGUGCGCGUGGCACUCAUCGGCACGUACGAACACAUCGCAUCUAUCGAUGCACUGUGCGUGAAUGAAUGUUCGUCC